AUGGUCUGUGACAAUAUUGUAUAUCAUCCUAGCCUCACCAGGCUCAUUCAGUUCUUAGAUACUACAGCAGGUAGAGAGAAGGCCUUCCGUUUGAUUCAGUACUUAUGUCGCUUCUUAGGAUUCCAGUAUAAGUCGCUAUUGGCAAAGCAGUUGCAGGUGCAGUUUACCACUACAAGAAAACUACUGAGGUUUUUGAAGCCACUAAACCUUUUGAGGACUGCUGCAAAGCUUUACGAUAACAAAAUAGGCCCCGAUGAUGUGCUUCGUUGGGCUAAUGUUAUUAAAAACCUGUUCAGUGCAGCCUACUUGACCCUGGACCAGGUUAACUUGUUGCGCAUGCUCAAGUUAAUUCCAGUAACGCCUUUUACGGGCAAAACCCUCCCUCGCUGGACCAACUGGAUGUGGUUUGGAGCACUUGUGAGCGGAAUCCUCGGUAGUUUAAGAACAAUUGAAGUAUCUCAAAAGCGCAUUGUCUCGCUUCUACGCGAAGGCGAUGAGAAAGAUGCGAAAUUACUGGAAGCUACCUACCAAGAACGCUUUAAGGCCGCUAGAAGACUUGUUUGGGAUGGUCUCGACAUGUACAUUGUUUUGAACAACUUGCAGUACCUCAAUUCUCAAGAAGGCUCCAUUGGCCUCGCGGGUGUUGCAACUUCAUUAUUCGGCCUUCAGGACCUAUGGAAAGCGACCUAA